CCAUUUCCAUUUCCUUCGACAACACUCGUCAGUCGAGACAGUUCGGAAUAUUUCCUUUCUCUCCGUUUUUUGGUCUAAAUUUUGAGUUCAUUUUCUCGUGGGUUUUCGGCUCGGGCUGAAGCAUGUCGACGAUCGUACCCACAACUAUAGCCCCAGAGGUGGAGGCAGCGGUGGCGGGCUUCAUGCUGACGCAGGAACAAAUGACGGAGGUGGUCGAUCGCAUGACCAAGGAGAUCAAGAUGGGUCUGUCCAAGGACACUCACUCGCGGGCGGUCAUCAAGUGCUUCGUCAGCUAUGUGCAGGACUUGCCCACGGGCAAGGAGCGUGGCAAGUAUCUGGCCUUGGAUCUGGGUGGAUCCAAUUUCCGUGUGCUGCUGGUCGAUCUGAAGAGCAACACGGACAUUGAAAUCCUCUCGAAGAGCUACGUCAUUGCGAGUUCCAUGCUGUCGGGGCCCGGCAAGGAUCUCUUCGAUUUUAUAGCCAACUGCCUGGCCGAGUUCUGCAAGGAGCACAAUCUGCAGGGUGAAGCCUUACCCCUGGGCUUCACCUUCUCGUUUCCGCUGCAGCAGCAGGGCCUGACCAAGGGCAUUCUGGUCACCUGGACGAAGGGCUUCAGCUGCGAGGGCGUUGUGGGCAAGAAUGUGGUUGCCCUGCUGCAGGAGGCCAUUGAGCGGCGCGGCGAUCUCAAGAUCAACAUUGUGGCCAUUCUCAAUGAUACCGUGGGCACGCUCAUGUCCUGUGCCUUUACGGCGCGCAACUGCCGCAUCGGACUGAUCGUUGGCACCGGCUCCAAUGCCUGCUACGUGGAGAAGACGGUGAAUGCCGAGUGCUUCGAGGGCUACCAGACCAGCACCAAGCCGCACAUGAUCAUUAACGCGGAGUGGGGUGCGUUCGGGGACAAUGGCGUGCUGGACUUUGUGCGCACUCCCUACGAUCGCAUGGUGGACAAGGUGACGCCCAAUCCCGGCAAGCAGACCUUCGAGAAGUGCAUCUCCGGCAUGUACAUGGGCGAGCUGGUGCGCCUCGUCUUGGUCGAUCUCAUGGCCAAGGGGAAGAUAUUUGUCGGCGAAAAAUCGGAGCGCAUUCAGACGCAGUGGAACUUUCAGACCAGCUACCUCUCGGACAUUGAGAGCGACUUACCCGGUGACUUUCGGGGCUGCAACAAGGUCAUCAAUCAGCUGGGACUCGUCGGUAACAAUGUGCGGGACAAGGUGCAUUUGCGGUACAUCUGCGAAGCUGUCUCCUCACGCUCGGCCAAGCUCUGCUCCUGCGGUUUGGUGACGCUCAUCAACAAGAUGAACAUCAACGAGGUGGCCGUGGGCAUUGACGGCAGUGUGUAUCGCUACCAUCCUCGCUAUCACGAUCUUCUCAUGUUCCACAUGACCAAAUUGUUGCGGCCCGGCAUCAAGUUUGAGCUGCUGGAGUCCGAUGAUGGCUCCGGCAAGGGGGCGGCCUUGAUUGCAGCCACCGCCGUGCAGAGCACAACCAAGUAAACCAUCAAAUCGGGCAAUGAGUGGCCCAAUUGAUAUUGUAGUUACAAAUUCACACUUAACCAUAGGAGCAGGAACAAAAUUCAGCGAUAAAUUAAGUCAUAAUAAAAAUUUCAUCAAAUU